AGCUGGCGCGCGUCGGCGCCGAGGCGGAGCGCGCCGCCGCCGCCCAGCAGGAGGCACAGGCUGAGGUGCAGUCGUUGCGCUCUCAGCUGGCGCACGCCACGCUGCUGGUCGGCGACCGUGACUCGGAGAUCGGUCGGCUGCGCGAGCGGCUGCUGCAGCAACGCCGCCUGCUGGACGAGCCGCUGCCUGCGCAGCAGCUGCGCCAGCGACUGAGCCAUGAGCUGGGCGAGCUGUGCGCAGAGUUAGCGGCGCCGCGGCGGUCUGGUUCGCUCGAAGCGGCCGAACUUGGCGGCGCCGGUGAGAUGGCCGCCGAUAGCUCCGAGUCGGCGGCGCGCUCCGAGACCAGCGAGCUGGGUCCCGAGAAGGCGCAGCUACUGCGCGCCCAGCUGGCCGACCUGCGCGACCAGCUGCUCGCGCGCGACCGGCUGCUGGCCGAGCAGGAGGCACGCGGCGAGGAGGUGGAGGAGCUGCGCCAGACACUGGCCGAGCGAGAUCGCGAGCUAGCCGCUGCCGGCCUGCAGCUGGCUGAGUUCUCGGAGCUGCCGCAGCGGCUGCACGCCGCUGAGCAGCGGCUGGACGAGGUGACCGGACAGCUGACCGAACUGGACGAGCUCCGGCAGACGCUGGCGGCGCGUGAGCGCGAGCUGACGCUGGCCGAGGGACAGCUGAACGAGAUCGCCGAGCUGCGCGACCAGCUGGAGGGGCGUGACCGACAGCUGGUGGCGGCCGCCGGGCAGCAGCAGGAGCUGCGGCAGGCGCGCUGCCUGCUGGCCGAACGCGACGACGAGAAGGCCGCCCUGCUGCGCCACAUGGACGAGCAGCGGCGCGAGCAUGAGCGUGAGGCGCGCGCACUGCGCGACAAAUUCGACCUGACCAUCACGGCGCCCACGUGGGAGCAGUACAAGGAGGCGCUGCAACGGCACGAGCGCGAGCAGCGGCGGCUGCGGCGCCGGCUGGCUGACUCGCACGGCGCCUGCGAGCUGCUGCAGCGCCGGCUCGAGGAGCUGGCUGACUUCAUGGAGAUGCUGCUCAAUCUGGAGGAGCGCGGCCUGCUGGACCUCAGCUGUCUCACGGCUCAGCACAUGGCGGACCUGCAACGGUCGCUGCUGCAGAGCCGCGAGCUGUCGCAGUCGCUGACGCAGUCGCUGCUGCUGGGCGCGGACGCGGCGCUCGACGCCUCCGCCACGUCGCUGGACGCGCCGCCGCCGGCCGCCGACCAGUCGUCGCUGCACGUCCCGGCGCUGGCUGAGGCGAAGGCGCAGGCGACGGCGGCUGUGGUGGUCCAGAAGCCGAACUCGUCGCGUGCUGCGGCUGAGCCCGAAGACGGCGCGCAGUCGGCGCCGUCUGACGUGCCCGCGUCGGACUUGGCGGCGACUGCCGUACCCGACACCGCUGUGGUGGAGCCACCUGCCGAGGCGCCGCCCGCACAGCCAGCGCCGUCGCCGCCGACGUCCGAGGCGGCGGCACAGACGGCCCCGGCGCCGAACACGUCCGAGGCGGCGGCGCAGGCAGGAGAGCCGGACCCGGCGCCGAUCGAGCAGACGGUGCUCGAGCUGCGCGAGCGGCUGGAUGCCCGCUGCGCCCGGCUGGAGGCGCUCACUGCUCAGCUGGAGAGCCGCGACGAACAGCUGCGGCGGCAGGCGCAGCUGGUCGUCGAGCUGCGCGACGAGCUGGGCCGCGCGCAGGGCCGACAGGUGGCGAGCCCCGAGGGGGAAGUCGCCAGCGCCGAGGAAGCCGAGCAGGCCGACGACGCGCCGCUGCCGGCCGCGCUCUGCGACGCGCUGCCCGGCGACGUGCGCGACCGGAUCCGCUCGUUGGUCCUGCGCCAGCGCACCACGGAGCUGGCCAGCGGCGCCGAGACUGCGCCCGCCGGGCGCACCGUGGAGCGGGCGCUCAGCCCGAUCCUGGGCCUGGCGCGCGCCCAGUCGGCGGAGCUGCUGGAGCUGCGCUCGGCCGGCCGGCCGCCCAAGCCGAGCCGCUCGUCCGGCGAGCUUCGGGUCCGAUCCGGCCCGGCCGCCGCCGCCGCCGAGUCGGACGACUCAGAGACGGCCCGCGAGGUGCACCGCAACGCGGCACUCGACCCGCCGCUGUUGCUGCCGCCGGCGCCGGCGCCAGGCGACUUCAGCGAGUCGGAGGCGUGGUCAGAGCCGGACCGCGACAUCAGCCUGGCGCGCAUCGGGCUCGACCAGAGCUCGCUCGGCACGCGCACAGAGUCCUGGCUGGGCGUGCCCUCCGAGACGGACGCCCGCCGCUCGCGCCGCCGCCAGAAGACGGGCUCGCAGGAGGCCCAGGAGCUCGAGGCGCAGAUUGAGAGCCUACAGCAGGUCAAGAGCGCCUUGCGAGCUGAGGUCGACAUCUACCAGAAGAUGCUGCCCGCCGGCGGACACAAGGCCAAGCAGCCCGACAGCCAACCGAACCAGACGGGCGUCAUGGUGCCGCUGGAGGUGCUGACGGAGAUCCACAGCCUGCAGCAGCAGCUGGAGCGCGCCAUCGCCGCCAACGAGCGCAUCCGCCGCCAGAUGGAGCUCUCGCCAGAAAUGAUCACGCAGGAGGAGCUGACCGAGUCGAACCAGAAGCUGGCGGCCACGCAGCAGCGCUGUGACGAGCUGCGCUCCAAGCUGACGCGCGCCAAGGAGAACCUGCGACUGGCGCAGCUCAACGCCGAGGAGUUCAAGGACAAGUUCGUGCGCGUCUCUGACGAUAUGGUCAGCCUCCGCGAGCGCUUCAGCCAGAUGCAGGCGGACAGGGAGCGGACCGAGACGCAGCUGCUGGAGCUCAACCGCGAGAAGCUGCGGCUGCUGAGCGAACGCAAGCAGCUGGCGAGCCGGGGCCGGCUGCUGCGCAGCGAGAGCUGCCUGCUGGACGGCGAGACGCGGCGCACGGCGGCCGAGGGCCGUCGCAUGGAAGCGCAGCGCCGGCUGGAGGCCCGGCUGGCCGAGGAGCACCGCCACUGCGAGCGCCGAGUGGCCGAGCUGGGCCGCCUCAUGCAGGCCGACAAGCAACGGCUGACCGAGGUCAGCGCCCAGCUGGAGGAGGUCAACGCCGAGAUGGAGGCCAUGCGCCUCAAGCUCAACGAGCUGGACGACGCGGCCCAGUCCUGCCCCGAGUCGACCCGCAGCUGCGACCUGCCGGCGGCGCCCGUCACGCCCGCCGACCCGGCCGGGAGGCGAGGCUCAGAGUCGGACGGUCACGACGCGCACCACGAGAGCGACCGCACGUCGACCUACUCGUCCCCUGACCUGGGCAUCGAGUCCGACUGCAACCAGCGCUCGCCGCGCUCGUCACGCAUCGCACGGCGCAACGACGAAGGUGUGUCUCACCAGAAUGCCCAGGGGUCGCGCACCGGUAACACGUGCGAGCGCGACCAGAUGCAUUCCAAGCUGGCCACCACGCGCGCCGCCCUGCAGGAGGCGCUCGACAAGCUGAGCCGCGCCGACCAGCGCAAGGCGCGCGUCGAGCGCGCCAUCUACCGCCAGCUCAGCAAGACCCACGACAUCCUGCGGCGCGCCAAGAACAACCUGGCGCCGCCGCCGGCGCGACCGGCCGGCGGCGCGUGA